GUGCGUGUGUAGGGUAGUACGGCUGGUCAAGGGCAUCUCGGCCCGAGCUUUUCUGCAGGACUUUGGCCAGCAAGCUGCUUUGAAUGUGUCGGCGAGAACGUUCUCGUAGCUGCUCAUCCUGAGAAAGCUUCCCGCCGAGGUUCCACUGAUUCGUCUUCGCGGGAUCUGUACGCACAGGAGGCCGCUAAGUGCUUGGCCAUGACCGUUACAGACGCUUCGAUAGAUCGGAGGACUGAUCAGGCUGCUUCAGAGGCGAGAGAGAUUGCGGUUUUGCCGAGCACCCCGCUAGCGCCAGAGCAUCAUCUUCCGCUUUCCGAGCCACCAUGUGCCAGUCAUGCUCCAGCCACGGUCACAACCGGGUUCUUGUUCCGGACGCGUCGACAUAUUGAUUAUUUGGUGUUGAUGUUUAGCAUAUGUGUUUGUUGGAUCGGAGUGAGUGUGAUCCAGCCAUACUUGGCUCCAUGGGCGGAAUCGCAUGGCGUGUCGGAUGUGCAAGUGGGGAGUAUCUUCGCGGCGCAGCCUUUCGCUGUGGUGCUGGUGCAGCCGGUCUCAAUGUUGCUGGUGCGCAGUGGUCACGAGCGCUUACUCGUUGCGGGCCUCACUGUGUCCUCGGGAGCCCUCGCCCUAUUCGCAGUCACACCGCUGCUGGCGCACGAAGCGAAAGUCGGCAGUGAUGACGAGGGCCGCUCUGUGUUUCUCUUCGGCCUGCUCUGUGCCGCCGGCCUCGUCGCGGGCGUCGGGGAGGGCCUGGUGGAGACCAGCGUGUACACCUUGCUGCAGGCGCGUUUCCCAGAUGUGUUGGGACAGGUCACAGGGCAUGCUGAGGCGUGGGUCGGUGCUGGUACCAUCGUGGGGCCCGUGCUGGGCGGAGCGCUCUACAGUGCGGUGGGAUUUGCCGCACCGCCCGCGCUGGUCAGCGUCUUGCUGCUAGCUCUGGCGGGCUGCUGUGUUAUCUGGGCCCGUAGGGGGCGCUUGUCCGGCGACGCCAACGUCAUGACGACCCCCAGACCCAGACGCCACCUCAGCGGGGCGACGCCAAAUGCACGACGCAGCCGAAUCGCCUCGGAGGAAGAGAGGUUUGCGCGCGUGGGUGUAGAGUCUUGCGCCGCGCCCGUGGGCGAGAGCGGUCGUGACUCGCGGAACGCGGAGGGCCCUGGAGGCAACCAGGAAGAGGGUGGCGAAGAGCGCCACCUACGAGACGGCUGGGUCUUCAGCGUGGCAGCCGGCGGAGUGAUCUUAGCAGGUGCCAUUGGGGGCGCCAUUGCGCCUCUGAUAUCGAUUCUCUACGAGAAUGAUUUUGGCUGGUCGAGCCAGGCUGUGGGCAUGAUCUUUGGCGGGUAUGGGGUGGUCUACGUGGCCAGCUCGGUGGUGGCUGGAAGUCUAAUCGACAGGGGCCCACGGACACUCCGCGCGGUGUUCGUCUUCGGUGCGCUGGCCUCCGCUCUGGCGAUCUGCGCGGCAGGCUGGUCCGGCGUUUGGCAGCCGGCGUCAGUGAGCGGCUUGCUGUUCCUCGGCGUCGCAGACGGCUGCUUGCUGGUUCCAGGCUUCAGCCUGCUCGCCCAGAGCGCCCCCUCCAACCGGGAGGACUUGCCCGCCGCCGUUCUGAACGGCUGCUUCGGCUUCGGGAGUGGCCUCGGGCCCCUCCUCACCGUGUCCGCGGCUGGCAAGUAUGGCACCAGCCCCGUGAUGAUGGUGCUCGCUUGCUGCAGCACUGCGUUUGGACUUGUGGCCGCUGUAGUCCUGGUUUUGCGUCCCUGUCCCCUUAGCCAGGGCAGCGCAGGACGAUGAUGGAGAAGGAGGGCGGUGGAAGCGGUUGCAUCCAUUCGUUCGGAAUCUCCCCAAAAGUUUGCUCGGUUUCAUGAUUCACACGUGAACCUUGAUUCAAUGUGCUCGCUUGUUCCAAUGCUGCCCCCGCCCAACCCAAAUACGUUACAUAACAAAACGUCCUGACACGCUUGCGUGGCAUUCUGUGUACGGACACAGACUCCGCAUCUCCACACUGAAUGUUUGACUCUUGAAUUCACCCAUCUGCGGCAAUUUCUCUGUGAGUUAUCGUUUUCCCGCCCGCCCGCUAUGAAACAGUUGGUCCA